CAAUAAGUGAUUAUUUUUAAUGUUUUAUUUUUCUACUACGAAAUCAUUUAGUUACCUAUUCAUUUCUCUAGAAAAAAGUCAUCACAAUUACUAAAAACAUAAUAUUUUAAUAUUCUUUUUCAUCUACAUUAAUAUUCAACUCUCAUAGUCACACAGUACUCAGUAGGUAAUAAAAUCGAUCAUCUCCCCAUCGUCUGAUUAACAGUUUUAAUUUCGUCGAUACAGUCUUGUGAACUUCAGUAUUAUACUUCACAAAACUCCGGUAUGUUCUUGAAAACUUCGACUUUAGGAACGUUUUAUGUAUUUGAAGUCAAGUAACUAGACUGUACGUGUUCGUUGACGAAUAACAUUCACGAUGAAAAAACUGUUGUCGAAAAAAUUGUGUUUGUAUAUUGUACUGGCAUUCCUCGUGGUUUGCUUGUUUAAUAUCUUGACGUCCAAAAACGGUGACAACAAUUUCAUGCACUAUGAUGAAAUGUUCAAGACAUAUUACAAUUAUUCUAAAGAUAGUGAUUUGAACGGUCCAGAAGUAUCCAUGGAUGAUUCAAAUCUUGUAAAAAAAUUGCGAGAAAAUUUCCUUGUCAAACCUAUUGAAGAAAAUAAAGGCCAUCGAAAUCGUUAUAAUUUAGUUGAUAUGUCGUUAAUAGAUCCUUCAAUGGGACAAGCUGCUGAAAUAGCCAAGAUCAUUGAUUAUACAAAAGGAGGUUUUUUUAUUGAAUGCGGAGCUUUGGAUGGUGAAACAAGAUCUAAUACUUUAUACUUUGAACGUUAUUAUGGAUGGACGGGACUACUCAUAGAAGCAGAUCCUUUAAAUUUUGCGAAAAUGUUAAAAAAAGGACGAAGAGCAUAUUUAUCACCUUCUUGUCUUAGUAUUAAUCCUUAUCCUGAAAUUGUUUCUUUUCUUCAACGUAGUAAUAUGGGCCGAAUAGCAUAUGAUGAUGUUGUAGAAGACUUAGUAGGAAUAAAUGAUAUUGGGAAAAAGAAUUUACCAAUGGUUAAUGUACAAUGUUUUCCAUUCUAUACAUAUCUUUUAGCAUUAAAUAUAACAGUAAUAGAUUAUUUCAGCUUAGAUGUUGAAGGAUCAGAAUUAAAUGUCUUAAAAACUAUUCCAUUUGAUAAGAUCGAUAUAAGAACUUUAUCAGUGGAAUUUUUCCAUGUAAAAGAAGGUGACGAUGGUAUAAGAACGUUCUUGGAAAAUAAAGGGUAUAUAGUUACUGGAAAAGUAACUAGGCAAGAUCGAUUAGCAAAUGAUUACAUAUUUGCAAAACCAUCUGUUCUAACACAAAACCUAUCAUUUUAUGUAAACUAAUUAAAAUAUCUGCUAUUUAUGAAUGGGCUAUGGACUGAAGUGCCUAAUGAUAUUUUUGGUUUUGAAAGUUAAGUAUUUUAUGUUUAUUCUGGGUUUGUUAUUUGUAAUUAAAUUUUCAUAUUGUAUUAGUUAUUAUAUUACUUAUGUUUUAACACGAGUCAUCUAUUUUGAUAUAUAGUUGUUAUGGCAUUUAAAAAUUCUAUUUAAUCAUUCAUAUAAUUUAUUACAAUUUUUUUUAGAUUUAAACUAUCAUUUAAAUUAAAUUUUGUAAUUUUAGGGUAGGACCCCCUUAGAAAUUUGAGGUUUUAAUUUAUUAUAACAGACAAAAUAAAGUAACAUUUUGUCAAGUAUCAUAAUUCUCAAAUCAUUUUUUUUUUAUUAAAAAUUAUUUGUUGAGAUAAGAAAAUAGUAAGCCAUUAACAAACUAUUUAUGUUUUAAUUGCCUUAACAAAAAUAUUUAUGUUUUAGUUGCUCCUAAACAAUUUUAUUUAUGAGUGUUAUUUGACUUUUUACUAUAAGUAUAAUGUUACUUGACUUUAUAAUACUUUUUAAACAUCACUAAUAAUUAAAAAAAUAUGAAUUAUUUCUUUAUUUUUCGUUUGUCAAAAACUAGUAGAUUAUUUACAAAAUUAUUUUUGUAUCUUUUUAAAAAAAAAAAAGUUAUUAUUUUAUAUUUAUAGAAUUUAACAAUACUAACUUGUGCCGAAGUAAAAAAAAAGUGUCCCAUACAGUCUGAAUAUCCUAUUGGUAACUGCUUUUUAAAUCUUAUUAUUAUUCUGUGAUAAAAUAAAAUUAUACAUUUAUUGUGGUUGAUUAAUAGAAAUAUUCACGGAAAACUUGUCCAUCAUAAGAUUUUUUACAUAAUUUGUUUUCAACUUCAUUAGAAAAGUAUAUGUUACCAUUCGAGCACGUUUACUUGUGUCAAACCUAUUUUAAAUUCAUUUUAUUAAAAAUAUGUUAAAAAAAGUAUUUUUCUGAAUUUUGGUUUAAAUAAUGUACAUGAACUGAAACAUUUUUAAAUGUUUUUAGAAUUAAGUUAGAUAAUUAAAAGUUUACAUAAUAUUUAAUUGAAAAUUAUGAAAAAUAAUUGUAUUAUAUUAUUAUGUAUUAAAUAAAUAUGUUUGUUGCACAAAAACAAUGUUCAUAUUUCAAUACUUAAAUAAAUAAAUAUAUUUUGAUUUAUUCAUCUUUAUCUGAUUAAACUUUUUGAACAUUUAGACAUGAUUUAACUCUUUAAUUAAUGUUAAACAGCGUAAAUGUGUUCAAUUAACAUUUUGAUGGUAACACAUAAAAUAAUAAAUUUGCAAUAUUAUGUACAGGGUAAUUAUUUUAUUUAUUCAUAUUUGUAUAUAAAUAUUAAACAAGUUAUAAAAUGCUUAAUCAAGUUUGACAUUUAAAAUGUUUUGUGCUUAGAAGCACAUUACUCAUUCGCUUUUACCUAUAAUUUUAAACAAAACAUUGUUUUAAUAUCAUAGCUGCAUUCAAUUAAUAUAGAACAACUUAUUGGAUUUUUAAUUAGGUAAAAUGUUGACACUCGUUUAUUUUUAAUAAAUUGUAUUAGUUUUGUAUACUUCUAUUGACUUUAAAAUAUAUUUUUAUUUCUAAAAUGUAAUAAUUAGCAAAUUAGUAAUUAUCAAUUUAAAAAAAGUAUUCGAAAAUGGAUUUUACAACUUACUUCUUCAGAAUUCUUAUUAAAUAUUUUUGUUUUAUAAUGUUAUUAAUUCUAAUAUUUCUAUAUUAUCCAGUAUGUGACAUACCAUUAAAAUUUGACUUACCUUGAUAUUAAAAUGUCGAUUUAAGGUUAUGAAGAUAUUUUUCAAAGAUUGUAUUAUCCUUAUUUGAAUAAAAGGAAUGCUAUAAUUUUCCCCAAAAUUGCCUUGUGAACAAUGUUGUAGCAAAAUUAGCUUUAAUUUUGAAUUUUUUUAAUAACACUCCAUAAUGUUUGGUUUUUUUAUGUAUGUGUUUGGGUCAACAACUUUUUUUGCUGAUUAAUACCGGGUAUAUACUGUAUAUCUGUGGUCACAUUUAAACAGGCAUAUGCACACCAUUCUUUGUGAUGAACCAUACUCUGCUUCUGCUUGAAUUAUAGGUUGUAAAGUUGUUAUGAAAAAUAUUUAUUACUAUAUUUUAUCUUAACAGCUUUCUAUUUUUUAUAUCAGAUAUGUAACAUAUGGGAAUUGUAUUAUGUAAUUUGUGAUUGUUCUAGGUCACAUACUUACACUGCUAAUAACUUAGUAGAUACAUUUCAAUAGUAGAUUACACAUUGCAUCUCACCCGUAUCUUUUAUUAAUCUUAACUAAUAGUAAUAAACUUAGAUUCCAAAAUUGCCUUCCUUUUAAACUGACUUGAUAUUUAUUACAUUUCUUUAUUUUUGAAACUUUUUUUAAAACAAUUUUUUUAAAUUUAAAUUACAAAUAACGGUUUAAAAAAAAAUGGUAAUUACAUUUAAUUUAUUAACCAAUUCCAAUAUAACAACAGCAUUUAGCUUAAAUUAUGAAAUUUGAACAGUAUUUUAAUACCUGACAAUUUAUCAAAAUUUUAGUUUAAUUAAAUUAUUUUCUAUUGGAAAAAAAUAUCUAUAACUAUUUAUCUAACAUUAACACAUUAUAUUUAAGACAAAAAUAGUCAUAUAUAUAUUAUUUAUCUUAUAAUUAUCUUAUAUUGUACAAUCUAAUAUCUUAUUGUGUGUUUACUUUGUUUGAUUAUAUUCUAAUAGUUAUAUUGUAUAACUUUGUUACAAUCGGUAUUAUUAAUGCUGAAGGUGAUAAUGAACUGUAUUAUAAAGAUAUUCAAGUAUGAGGUUUGAUAUCUUUGUAAAACAUUCAAGAACAAAUUAUUUUGCUUUAUUACUGAUGUAAUUAUUGUUAUAAAAUUUUUUUUUUUUUGUAUUUUUUUUUUUUUUAAUACCAUGUUAUCCAAUCUAUUACUCUGUAAUAUUUUUGUUAGCAAUAAUGAUGUACUAGUCAACAAUUUUUGUUUUGUUUAUUAAAAUAUUGCUCAAAAUGUAUUGGUCAAUUUUUUUCUCAACGAUGUAUCUUAUUGUGGCAUAAUAUUUAAUGCAGAACAAAAUAACAUUAAUUUUCAUAAUUUAGUUUUCAUUAUUGAUCAACAUAUUUUAUUGCAAAUUAAUCACAUUAUUUAUUUGGGCUUAAUAAUAUAUUCACAUUUCACAUCGCAAUUGUGUAUACAUUAGUGUUGUUAUUUAUUUUUAUAGUAUUCUGAAUUAUGUACAUUUACAAGAUACAUAUUUAUUUUAAAUCAAAUAAAUUGUUUUUAUUUUACAUUUAAUAAAUCAUUAUAACAUUA